CAGUUAUGAUAGUACAGUAAAAAGGUAUUAAACGUUUCGUUGAGUAAGUAUUUUGUGGAACUGCAUCUGCACGGUCCAAGUCCCGUAUAAUCGUAGCAAGCAGUGAUCUCGAACGUUCAUGUCUUUGCUUAUACGACAGCUGAGAUUAGAACUGAAGACUUUGUGUGGUCGCUUAGUCACCAGUUGGCACUUUCGUCCAAUAUCUAUGUCUUUACCGUUGUCAGACUUGUCUGAGUUCUUUCCUAACGAGAACAACGAAGAACAAGCGAAAACGGGCAGAUCGUGGCGAGCUAGUGAAAUGAGAAGUAAGAGCAACGAAGAUCUGCACAAACUGUGGUACGUACUGUUGAAGGAACGGAACAUGUUGCUAACUUUGAAGCACGAGGCAAGGAGACAAGGUGAGCUUACACCCAGUCCAGAGAGAAUGAGAAAAGUACGCAAAUCUAUGGCUCGGAUCAAAGUGGUGCUUGGAGAGAGGGAUCGAGCCGUGAGAGACAUUAGAAAGACGGAGAGGCGUACUGAUCUACAGUAGAUCGAUCAUAAUGGUAACUUUAGUAAAAUGUACUGCGAGCUAAGAUUCAAACUCUAGCAGAUUUUUAUUGUUUGA